AGAUGUCAUACUUGUUCAUUUAGAUCUACCAUUUCAUAUUGAAUUGUUAGAAGCUACUUCUAGAGCCCUUAAACUUGUACCAAAACCCAACCCAGUAGAUUAGAAUCCAAAUAACUAUGACAUUUAUGUUGCUAAGAAAAAUGGACAUCCUAAAAUGGAUUUUCCCUCAUAUUAAACAAACUUAAGACUUGAAGAAACAGGAAAUUUCAUAUUUUCAUUAGUUCAUGUAACAUAUUAAGAAAAAAAUGUAAGAAAAUCAAUCAGAAAAUCAACCUAUGACCUUUCACACUAUCAAAGUCCAACAAAACCUUCAAAAUCAAAAGAAAUAACUCUAAACAUAUUUAAACCAGAAAAAAAUUGGUUACUUCGAUUUUUAGGAUGUGCUUGAUUCUAUAUAUGUUUAUGGUUAAUUUUUUCAAGUAAUAUUAUUAAUCAAUCAUUCUUUAAAUAUUCUAACUAUUUUUCAUUUUUAAUAUUUUUUUUCAUAAUCUCAACCUAGGGAUUAAAUUAGUUUAAAAAUCUGUAAAUAUGAAUCAAUUCAACAUAGAUAUAACAAACUAUCAGUAAAAAGUAAAGAUAUUGAUUUAACAAUUUAGGUUCUAUUGCUAAGUUGAGAGUGUUUGAAUCGAUUUAAGUGAUUAUGUUUCCGUUGUUUAAUUACUGUUUGUUUAAUUAUAAAAAUAUUAAUUAAGAAUUUCUAGGAUAAAUUGAGACUAUCAAGCAUGUAACAAAAAAGCAUUUUUCUUAAGGCUUUUAUGUUUACAAUUAAAGAAGCGUCAUUGAUUAUGAAAUAAGUUCUUGA